AUGUUCAAGUUAUCGCGACGACGCGAUCAUUCGCUUCAGCCACCUCUGACAAAAGAAACAGCCGAUCCCGAUGCUGCCAUGGCCGCGGCCUCCGCCUACAUGCGUGGCAGCAGCACUCCAGCCCAAUCAUUAUCAUCAGCAGCCGCCGCAGCAGCCUUACGAGCGCAGCCAGCGCCACUCACAAAUGUUGCGGAAGCCCCGUCCAAAAGGGUCCAGCGACGGGCUUCCUCGCUGUCGUCCCCUGUCGGUCGCGAUCGAGGCAAAAAGAAUAAGCUGUCAAGAACGCCCAGCGUGAGCUCAAUGAGCGAACGGACCUUUCGAUCGCCAUCACCGGGUCGUACGGCUUCUAAUAAGAAGCAAGAUGUGCCACCUGUCCCCAGCAUGCCCGCUUCUAAAAACAUUACGACCCCAAUAAAAACCCAAAAUUUCCGAACUGCAAGCCAGAAAUCCAAAGGCCACCAACAAGGCGCUUGGUUUGGAGCCGCCGUAGCUCAACAUGAUCAAACGCUAGAAUCGAUAUCAAAAUUGACCCCUGAUUUACCAGAAUCUCGAUCAGGGAGUGUUAGUUCAUCGAUCAACUUUUCAUAUCCCCGCCGAAUGCCAUCAUAUGAUUCAAACAUGCCAGCCGAACACGAACUCGUUUACGAUCCGAAUUCUAGAAGAAUGGUUCCAAAGGCCACGGCUACACCAGCAAACCGUCAGGUUGAGGAUGCUGUUCAAAUAUCAUCCGAGAAAGCCAAAGGAGCAAAGCCAAGUAAAAAGACCUAUACAACACAAGAGCCGGCGGAUGAAAUGAUGAAUCUACCGCCGCCUAAUAAUAUCCAAGCGGAGUCUCCAUUAUUAGCCUCUGACCUGUCAAAUGAUUCUGGCUUCUUUGAGAGGAAAAUUCCGAAUGAUGUCUCCAGUCCUAGCCGACUGGUAACUGCGGCGGUAGAAAAGCCUUCUCCAAAGAGAGAAAAUGAAGACAAGGCUACCAGAGAUUUUCAACGUCCAAAUGAUUUCCAGGACGAAGCAUCUGAAGUUUUGACGUCGGCAAGUGUAUCGCCUAGCUUACCCAAAUACGACAAUUUGAAGGUCGAAAUACCUUUUUCAUAUGCUGGAUCCAGUUCAGAGACAUCCGUGCGUUCAGCACAUUUUGCUUCAUCGGCUGAUCGUCUGGUUGUCAAACACGAGCCUCCACCGCGCUCUCUAUCGCCUAGAAAAUCUGCCAUGAAAUCGUCUAUUUCGAGCAGAGGAAGUUUGUCCCAGCAUCCUCAUGAAAAUCUGGAGUAUCCCGGGCUUGGCAUUUCUCAUUCUAGCGGAGAGGAUGCUGUGACAAGUCAGAAGAAGGGUGCUAGAGUAAGCUGGAACGAUAACAGCACAGUUAUGGCUAUUGAACCGAGCAAAUUCGAGGAAGCAGAUACCACAGCAGCAUCCAACAUUCACUCAAGACAGAAGGCAUACAACACUGUCGAUGGGCUGAAAAUAGCCAAUGAAUCUCCACUACAGCAGGAUGAACUAAUGUCCCCCCGACCGGCUCUUCCAUUAUUUGGAAGUGUGCGUGACAAAAAGGGGAAGGAACCUGAGGAACGACAGCUUGUUCGCCCGCGAGAACGAUCCUUAUCGCCUCAGUCACUACCACCAUCCACUUCUCAUUCAUCAUCUUUCACACCCAAAACUGAAAAUAUCCCAUCGGCAGAGCCCGUUAAAGAGCUCAGCUUCAAUCGGGAACAGAUGCCAAGAAAUGUAGCAAAUAUCUCGAAAUAUCGGGAGCCACUACCAGCUAUCAUGGCAUCCACCGAAAGUCUUGGGCAUGAAGGCGAAGACAUGGACAGCUCGGAUGAUGAGCGGUUUGAAGACGUAUUGACUGGCAUAGACGAGUCAACGUCUCAAAACCCCGCUAGAGAUGCAUUACCAGAUCUAUCCUCGACCGCUAACGUUUCAGGUAAUGAAGCUUCCAAGGCGAGCUCGACAACCGUCAGUGGAUUACCAGGAAAUUCCAACGAAACACCAUAUUCGCUACCGCAGAUGCAACAGCAUGGUAUAAUACCAAUGGCUAGAUCAAACUCUCUCCCAGGAAGUUUCCCACCUGAUGACAUUGUUCCCAAGUUGAACACGAGCGACGCAAAUGGUUUUGUUGCGCUAAUGUUGACACAGGCUUCAGGAUCCAAGACCGUCAAACUAACCCAGUCGAUUGAUGAAAACAAGAUUGAGGAGGAGUCAGAUAAAGAUAGCAUCUACAGUGACGCCUACGAAGACCAGCCUGAGGAUGCAGGUGACGGAUUCAUGUCGAUUGACGCUGCAUUGGCCAACCCGCCAUUCUCUGAACCAGGCAUUGGCGACUUCAACUUGACCGCAAAUCACGAACAGAAAGUGUCGGAUUAUGACGUUGGUGCUGAUGACUGGGAAAGAACCAAGGCAUACUGGAAAAGCUUGACGUCUGAAGAGAGACGCCGGCUGGAAAUAGAAGCUCUCCAGGAAGCAGAUGAUGAUGCUCUCCACCGGAGUGUGGUAGCAACAGGCUCCGCGGCCGUAGCCGAUGAUUCGGGUUUUCUCAGGGCGAAGCAAAGGAAACAAUCUCAUCAGUCCCAAGUUGAACGCCCGGUACCAGCCGACUUAGUAUCACCCAGAGCAGCUCAGGGCCACAAUGAUCCUAGUGGGCAAGCUAGUUUUGCCUCGGUAGAUGCCCAGACAGGACAUCGCUCGCUUCAACAGCCUGAUGCUACGAAAACCGGUAAUACGGCGACAGGGCGCGGCUUGAAAAAACUAGCAAAACUUAAGCGCUCUCUUAGCAGUGAGCCGAGACAUGCAGAUGAUGGCCGAGGCCCAGUCGCUCGGCCUAGCUCCUUAUAUAACCCCAUUAUCUCAAGUGGCUCUGGCCCGAAGCACGGGUCGAAAAAUCCUCAAAUUGCUACAGAAUAUCCAGCAGACAUGAAGUCUACUCUGAGACGGCGAGGAUCCGAUUCCAGCGAGAGCAGCUUCGUGCGUAGUAGAUCGACUAGCGAUGCGCAGCGUGGAUUCAGGGCAUCAAUGAGAAGCAACGUCUCUGAGGCAAGGCUAUCGAUGGGCGGUACGAGAGGCGGGAAGAGGAUGACGCUGCGCUCAUUAUCACCCUCGGCAUCGCACGCACAGCGCCAUUCAGUCGUACCUACGUCUUAUUCUGAGACAGUGACCGUGCACCAAGGCAACCGUUUAUUCCAUCAAAACGCUGCCGCACCGCAUACCAACCGGUCUCUAUCGAAACGAUAUGAAGAUUCAGCAUAUGGGGACCAUAUGUCAGAUUCCAGCGAUGAUGAUCUAAACACAACCCCAUUAACUAACCGCUCGCUAACGGGUGACGAAUACGAGCCCACUCAUUCAAAGUUGAAGCAUUCUUUUUCUCAUUUGUACGCACGCAAUAAAACUCCCGACCACAAUCCCCACGCCAAUGCAGGCUUUACAUCCAAUUCACAGAAACACAAUAAGUUAAAGCGGAGAGAUGAUCAAUAUUACAACGAGGGUGAUACACACAUGCGCCCCAGUUCUCAGCCAAUUGGUGCUGCAGCACAAGAAGCCUCGCCUCGCCGGCCAGGAUUGAUCUCCACGCUUAUGCGGAAGAAGGACCACAGGGAGACACAUGAAACACAACAUAAUACUGAAGACGCGGCGCCUACACACAGCAGCGGCUGGCCACUGCAGAACAGGAGAGCUGUGCCCAAUGAACUCCCAAUGACGUCAUCAACUGAAGACGGGGGAAGAAGAUCCGCAGCUAGCGGCUCUAUCGUUAAGGAUGGCCUGACGUCAGAUCCCCGCCAACAGCAUGAGCUUCAAGGGAGCUCAGAUGCAGGCAACGCGAAUAUUUUGCUGUCGCCAGAGCACAAGCGAAAGAAAUUCAAUAGCCUGAGAAAAAUAUUUAAGAUUAAUGACUAG